UGAAGAAGAAGAAGGAGAAAAAGAAGAGGGUGGGGGGGCAGGCAGCUUCUGACAGUGAACCGCUCCCCCACCAGUCAACAGAAGACAUUACCGGACAGCUCGGUGUAAAUACAAUAGUAACGUUUACUAUUCACGGGAGACACGUUUUACAACUUUGAGCCGAUUAGUUGGUUCCUGCCCGCACUAGUCCAACGUUAUCGUUGGUGAUGAUGGCAAACUGAGUAAACACUGUUGCUUCGAGUUUUUGCAUAACGUUAAGUUACCUUAGAUAGCUAGCUAUAACGCAAGGUAUCUAGCAAGCAAAAGCUAGGUAAGUUUAACCUCAGUGUUUACGGCGCGUCGAGUAGCCAGUUGCUCUAGUCUGUCAAGUUAUCGACACAAAGCCAGGUGGCCAGGUACUUGGUAAAGAUGGGUGACAUAAACCCAUCGACAUCCAAUGCAUUUCAGUCGGAGGGUUUCAGUCCGCCAUACCGGAGGAGGACAGUAGAGGAUUUUAACAAGUUUUGCACUUUCGUCUUGGCCUAUGCCGGUUACAUCCCAUACCCCCAAGAGGACUCUCCACUGCGCAGUAGUUCCAGUCCUCCCAACAGUACAGGCAGCACCGCUGACAGUGAUGGCUGGACUCCGGGACCCCCAACCCCUUGCCCACAGCGCCCUCCCAAGGUCCCCCAGGACAGGAGCAGGAAACGUCCACAGCCAGGAGCCACGCUGUCCAGUCACGCGAAAGAUUACACAAUCACCAACCUGCACCCAGAUGACCGCAGGAAAGGUGACAAGCUGAAGAAGAAGAAAAGGAGAAAGGAGAGGGAGCAUUCAGUUGGUGAGGAAAGCCGGGUUCAGCAGGCCCACUCAACGGUUCCAGAGCUGCAGCACCCCAUCUCCUUUGGUGGCCGAACGAUCAAAGAAGAGCCUGAAGAUGAUUUCUGCAUUCCCCUCCACCCCCAGCACCUGCCUAACCCAGCCCCCUGCAAGGAGGAGCCCAAGGAAGAGCGUCGAAACUGGGAUGGUCAAGACCUUGAAGAAGGGAUGGUAAAGGUACAGAAGGUGGAGGGCCUUUCAGGAAACAGAACAGUGUUCCGCCAGGGGAAACAGGUGGUGUUCAGAGACGAAGAUGGAUCAGGCGAGGAUGAGGACAUCAUGGUAGACUCCGAUGACGACUCGUGGGACCUGGUGACGUGUUUCUGCAUGAAGCCUUUUGCGGGCCGGGCCAUGAUCGAGUGUAACCAGUGUAACACCUGGAUCCAUCUGUCGUGUGCUAAGAUCCGCAAGAGCCAUGUGCCAGAGACAUAUGUGUGCCAGAGCUGCCGAGAGUCCCGCGGAACCGCAGACGCCCGCCGCUCCCACCGCUCGCGCAUAGGCCCACGCAAGCAUCUGCUUGACUGACCCCAGGCCGAACCCUGAACUCUGACCCCUUUCCACUCCUGCUUCCCCUCCACUUGCUGGACUGUCCCUUCCUCCAAUUCAGGUCUUGCACCCUUCGGUCUCUGUCCUUCAUGGUCAGCCAUGAACCCACAUUUUCUA